UGAACAUCAUUAAAGCAAUUAUUCCCAAAUGAUUGGGAUAUAAGGUGUUACAAUGAUGAUCUUAUUAAAUGUAUGACCCGCCACUAUUACCACCAUUAUUUAUCUCCCAAUCACAUGCACCCUCUGCUACGUGUCUAAUUAGACCAGACUGUGACCAAACUGUAGAAGUAGGCUACGUUAUCAUUUUUACUCAUUUAAAUAUCUCAAUAACUAAACUGAACAGGUAUGAGGUAGGCUACUAAGUAUAAUGAUGAAGCCUAGACUACAGUGUGAGGAGUCAGAAAGGAUUUGGCUAAUCUUCUUUGAUAUUAUAAAUUAUAUAAUUUGUUUUUCAUACACUUAAGUGAGAUGUUGUCAGACUUGGCCUCUCCCUGCCCCAUAUUUUAUCCUAAGUGAACCCAUGAACUAAAGAAAACACCGACAGGUCACGGCAGGUCAGGGCCAGAUCUCCUCAAGUGUGAGCAGCAACUGCAGGCAGCCAUUUAAUCUGACCGGUUUCUCUGCAUUUUUCAAAGCCUGAGUGCUUACUCUGGAAUACUGAAAAACAUCUUGCAUUGCUCUCGCAACAUGGCACCUGGCUGACCAAAGGGCUAGACUUCUUUUUUUUUUCUAUCUUUAAAAUCUGACCACUAGCCACUUAACCUUGUCCGGUCUUCUAGCCACAAUGUCCUUAUGCAUGGUCACGGGUGAUCUCCAUUAAAACCUCACCCCUCAUUACAGGGCAUCACGGAGCCCAUUCCACUGACCCCACCAGGUCACACAAUUAAUCCGAUGAUGAUCACUGUUAAUAGGUAGAUACAGACCCACAUCAUGUCUCCAGGUGUUUUAAGACGUAUAUAAGGGCUUCGUUUCAUGGCAAGGACCAAAGAAGCAUCUUCCCUCCUGAAUCAACGCUAACAGCACCUCAGACCUUCAACCAUCAACCUCAAUAAAGUAAGUUUGUUUGAUGUUUAUAAUGCAAAACCUCUGCCUUUAUAAAGCUUUAAAUUGGUAUUUAUUCCAAAAUAGAGCCAGAGAAAAUUUGAUAUUUCUAUGGAUGGCUCAGACUGAAUCCUCUGAUAGAGUUGAAUGUGUUAUUUUAUGUUAAAAUCCUGCUGCAUUCCUCCUCUCUGCCUCUCUCCUGGUCUCUCCCCUCCGCACCAUCAGUUAUGUCUGGAGCCCCAGGAUUGGUCUUCUGCCUGCUGUGCCUUCUGUCUGUCUGCACAGCCUGCUACAUCUCCAACUGCCCCAUCGGAGGCAAAAGGGCUCUACAGGACCUACCCAGAAAGUGCCUGCCGUGUGGGCCCGGGGACAGAGGUCGCUGCUUCGGCCCCAGCAUCUGCUGCGGGGAGGGGAUGGGUUGCUACCUUGGUUCCCCUGAGACGGCCCGCUGCCUGGAGGAGAACUUCCUGCCCUCCCCCUGCGAGGCCGGUGGCCGAGCCUGCGGCUCCGAGGACGGACACUGCGCUGCCCCAGGCAUCUGCUGCGACUCAGAGGGCUGUGCCAUUGACCAAUCCUGUCUGGAUGGUGAAGAUGAGGACACCCCUCUUAGCCAAUCAGAAAACAGCAAGGAUCUCCUUAUGAAGCUUCUUCAUAUCAGUGGGCAGACCCAUCCAUUCAGACUCCACCAAUGAGUGUGACCCGUCAGGGCUGACCAUG